AUGAUGCUACCUCUUGACGCUAACUUUGAGAAAAUUCCUCCUCAUUUAAGACUCUCUAAUUUUUCAGAGGAAAAUAAGGCUCUUUCCAAAAAAGUUGUAGAGUUAGGAAACCGACUUAAGGAAUGCAUUUUGACCAUAGAGGAGCAAAAAGAUGAAAUUAAACAUUUAAGGGAGUUAAACGUGACAGGCUCUGAAAGCGAAAAGAGCGAGGACAAAAAAAAGAAAAUGCAGGAAGCUGAAUAUAAGAAAAUCAUAUCGGAAUUGCAACAAAAGGUGGAAAAAAUUCAGAGUGAAAGAGAUGCAUCUCACAUUCAAGCACGUGUAAAAUUCAACGAGUUUAAAACAGAAUUGGAACACCUCAAAAACGAAGUCACUCAGCAAACAAUUGCUAUUGUUGAGGGUUUUGAGCAACUACAGGCAAUGACAACCGGGUUGUCAUUUAAUGACAGUAGAGACCAAUUGAAUUCAGGAAAGAUACUAAGAAGUUCAAACAAUCAUGAUCUUUCCUAUGCCACGUUACAGAAACAAAUUAUUGAAGAGCUUGGGCUCGAUAACUUUUUCAGCUGUAAGUAA